CCCCCACUCCGGCCAGCCCGGUCCCGGCGCGGAGCGGCCCUGCCGUCGCCACCCGCGCAGGCACCGCCUCCGCGGCGGAGCGUGCCCCUAGCCCGCGCCCGUGCGCGCCGCCGCCCCAGCCCCGCCGUGCCCGUAGCUGCCGCUCGCGGCCCCCCAGCACCGGCUGCAGCCCGGGGACAUGGCGGAGUAGCCGUGGUCCGGGGAGCAGGGGGAGCUCCGAGCAGCUAUGGUACCUCCCGACAGCUGAGGUGGAGGUAGCCGGUGGCAGCCGGCGGCUCGCAGCUUGACCUCGAUUUGUUUUGGGGACUGCAGGUUGGAGCGACACGUCCGGUGAGCUGGGAGAGAUAAAAACCAGGAGGAUAUCUGGGGGCAGCAGCAACAGGAGGGGAAUCCCUCUCCCUCCGCCGCCUCCUUGCCCGGCAUGCCGGCAUUGCCCCGCUGAGACGUGCAAAGAGUUUUGGGGUUAAUUUGCGCCUGGCCGCCCCUGGAAUAGAGACUUUCCGGAUAUCGGAUCGGUUGGGGUUUGUUGUCUAUGUCGUGUUGGGAAAUCUGGUGGAAUUUUUUCUCGCUCGAGGAGGAAGAGCCUGGUGUUGGCAGUUGGCUUCGUGAUCUUUUUUGGAGAGCGAAGGAAGGGAAGGGAUCUCACUUGAGCUGUGCGACGAGAGAGCUCGGACAUGUGUUGUCAGCACAUCUGGGGAAUACAGUCUGCAAGUCCGAAAGGAAAUUUGCUGGGAUCGUUCAAACUUCGAUAUUGAUCUUUGUUAUUUUUUUUCGCCGACUGAUGCACUUGGCAUGAGAAUCGGAGGAUGGAAAUUGUUUGGGAGGUGCUUUUUCUUCUGCAAGCGAAUUUCAUCAUCUGCAUUUCAGCUCAACAAAAUUCACCAAAAAUCCAUGAAGGCUGGUGGGCUUAUAAGGAGGUGGUCCAGGGAAGCUUUGUUCCUGUACCCUCUUUUUGGGGUUUGGUGAACUCAGCUUGGAAUCUUUGCUCUGUUGGGAAAAGACAGUCACCUGUCAAUAUUGAAACCAGCCAUAUGAUUUUUGAUCCCUUCCUAACUCCUCUUCGCCUAAACACAGGGGGAAGAAAGGUCAGUGGGACAAUGUACAACACAGGGAGACACGUAUCCCUUCGGUUAGACAAAGAGCACCUGGUGAACAUCUCUGGGGGCCCAAUGACCUACAGUCACCGCCUGGAAGAAAUCCGAUUACACUUUGGCAGUGAGGACAGCCAGGGAUCAGAGCACCUCCUCAAUGGCCAGGCCUUUUCUGGAGAGUCCCAGGUGCAGCAGGGAGCAGGGGAUACCCGACGAAGAGGGAUUUCUAACCAUCAACAACAGGUUCAGCUGAUCCACUAUAACCAUGAACUGUACACAAAUGUCACAGAAGCUGCAAAGAGUCCUAAUGGGUUGGUGGUAGUUUCCAUCUUUAUGAAAGUAUCUGAAUCAUCAAAUCCAUUUCUGAAUCGUAUGCUUAACAGAGACACCAUAACAAGAAUAACAUAUAAGAAUGAUGCAUACUUACUACAGGGGCUUAAUAUUGAGGAACUUUAUCCAGAGACAUCUAGUUUCAUUACGUAUGAUGGGUCAAUGACAAUUCCACCCUGUUAUGAAACAGCAAGCUGGAUAAUAAUGAACAAACCUGUCUACAUAACAAGGAUGCAGAUGCAUUCUUUGCGACUGCUAAGCCAGAAUCAGCCAUCACAGAUAUUUCUGAGCAUGAGCGACAAUUUCAGACCAGUCCAGCCUCUCAACAAUCGAUGUAUCCGAACCAAUAUCAACUUUAGUUUACAGGGAAAAGAUUGUCCAAACAAUAGAGCACAGAAACUACAGUAUAGAGUAAAUGAAUGGCUCCUGAAAUGAGACAGAGCAGGCAGAACCCGAAUCCUCAGUGGAAUGCUCCUUCUGGGAACUGACAUCAUCUACAAUGCACCCAACUUCCCUCUCGGGGCUCACAUGCACCAUGUGCUGAGGGAAAAGAGCUGCCAUGCUGGAAAACUCCUCAAAAUUUAUCCACAUGAUUGGUGGCCAUUUAAAAACAAAACAAAACAAAAACAAAACAAAACAAAACAAACUAAAAGUAUUACAGUAAACAUGAUUACAAUUUUCCUGAACUAAUUCGGAGUCACAAAGAAAGACUUUUCAGACUUUGUACAUAUGAAAUUCUUUCUCUUGUCCCCCUCUCUCUCUCAAUUGAAAGAAAAAAAAAAAGAAAAAAGGUGGCUCAGUACAGCAUCAAAAUGGAGUUGUGUUCUGUGUGCCAAGUAAUCUUGGAAAGCUCUCAUUAUUUCACUAUCAUUAAUGGAUACUGUCAAGACAGGACAAGACUACUGUAAAGGAAACAUUUCUAGGUAUGAUCUUUCUGUUAAUUUAAUUUAAAAAGGGACAGACUUUGAUAGAUAAGUAUUGUAAAUAUAUCACUGCAGAAUACAAAGGAAAUUGAAAUAUUUCCCUCUGUCACAUAUCUGUAGUAGGAUUUGGCAAAAUCAGAAUAUAUCCAUUUUCUGUUUCUUGCUUUACAACAGAUCAUAUGUUGUGUUGGUUACUAUUAACAACUCAAUAAAUGUGUUUAACAAAUUAAUUUA